AUGUAUCACGAGGUUUCUGAUGAUCUUGGUAGUCAGAGUCAGCUAAAUCCUAAUAACGAGUCAAAUAUGUUAUGCUCACAGGCAAUGAGUUGUCAUAUUGCUUGUGGAGGCAACCAGUCUUCAUCUAAAACAAUCAAAGACACGAGUUUCAUGCCGGUGAUACGAGCGAAGACAGCCUUCCAAGGUCUCAUCUUGCAACCAAGGAAACAACAAAGUUUUAAAGAUGCAAAGCAUAAAUUUAUUUUAGACAGAUUCAGGUAUAAAGAAUGCAUAAAAUUUGUACAUGAUCUGAGUAAAGACCAAGGAUCUGAUAGUGAUUUCCGCUGUUAUUGUGGAGAACUUGAAUCUAAACAUUAUAAAAGUUCAAUUGGCGUCGAAAGUGAAGCUGAUAAAUGGUCAGAAUCAGAAGAUAUAAAAACAUUUAGACCAACAAAUGCUUUCGGUCAAAUUGAAUUUUCAGAUUCGUUAACUCAAAAACCUGUAGAGUUUGUUCGGAUAUCAGAUGAAGAUAGACUGGAAGAUGUUAUGUUGCUGAUCAAAGAUUAUUGGAGAAUGCUGGAACCAGAAAAGCCAAACUUGUGUAUAUCAGUUAUUGGUGGUGCAAAGAAUUUUGUUCUUGAAGGACACAAAAAAGAUGUUUUCUAUUCAGGUUUAAUUCAAGCAGCUCAUAGUACUAAAGCUUGGAUUGUAACCUCUGGAUUAAACUUGGGCAUUGUACGCGUUGUUGGUGAUGCUUUACAAGAUCAAAGUUUUUAUUCUGAUAAAUGGAAAAAUGUCGGCAGUCUUCGUUGUCUUGGAAUUGCUCCAUGGGGUUAUGUGUUGAAUAGAGAAACACUGAUUUCUGAGGAUCACAAUACACCUAUACGAUAUGUUCUUUCAAAUUUCAUAGCUACCGGUUGCCCAGUUUCAUUAAAUGAAAAUCAUACACAUUAUAUAUUUGUUGAUGAUGGUAGACGUCGAAGAUAUGGUGGGAGUAAGUCGGCUGAAUAUCGAGCUAAACUAGAAAAACAAAUCGCUCUUCCGCCUAACAAAGGUGGUUUUGGUAUUCCUGUCGUCCUUGUCAUUGUAGAGGGUGGUCAUGAUGUAUUUAUAGAUGCGAGAAAUAGUAUUAUCGAAAAUGUACCUGUAGUUAUUUGUUCGGGUACAGGUCGAGCUGCAGAUGUUCUAACUCUGGCUAUGCUUUUUCGUUUAAAGUAUAGAUCUCAAUUUAGCGGUUUUUCCUCCGAUGAAAUUGCAGUUUUAAAAGAGAAAUUACUUCCUGUGUCUAUGACUCCAGAUAAAGUCAGUGAUGCGCUUGGUAUGAUUUACACGAUUGUCCGAAAUCCUGAAUUGAUUACAACUUUUGAUAUGAAUCAUUCCGAUGAUUUUGAUUUAGCUAUUCUAUCAGCAUUGAUUAAAGUCUCACCAUAUGUUGAAAAGCAGUUACAAUUGGCAUUCACUUGGGGAAGAAGUGAUAUUGCCCAGGAGAAAAUAUUUCGUAAAGGUCGACCAAUUCGACUUGAAACUCUCGAAUAUUUUAUGCUCAAAGCAUUGAAAGGCGAUAAACUUGAGUUUGUGAAAAUUCUUCUACACAAUGGUGUAACUAUGAAAUCAUUUCUAACUGUUGCACGACUUCAAGAAUUGUACAAUGAUUCAGAUCGUCGUGAAGGAUUUGUUAAAUGUCUAAAACAUCAUAAUCUUUUCCCGUCAAUGAAGACUAGUUUCACUCACGAAGUGAUGAUCAUAAAAGACGGUGAUAGUAAUAAUAAUGACAAAAAUAAUAAUCAUAAUAGUAAUACUAAUAACAAUAUAAAUGUCAGGAAAGGAUCUGAUCAAAUCACUACUGGAUUACUGCCUGUUGAUGAUUACGACAGUAAAGGUCUAAUAAGUAUGAGUCCAUCACAAAAAAAUCGAAUACGACUACCAAUCAUAAAUAAGCUGUUAAAGCGUAUGCUGGGAAAUUUUCACAACACUUCGUACGAUUUUAACAAUGAAAAACUGGAGUCGGAACCAGGUGCAGAGAUUUUUCACCAGCUGUUCACUUCGCCAUUUGAAGAAUUAUUUCUUUGGGCAGUACUUCAUCAACGUCAAAAAAUGGCUUUAUACUUUUGGGAGUGUUGUGAUAAUCCUCUAAUCCUGGCGUUGAUUGCCUGUUGUCUCUAUUCAAAUAUGAAGAAAUCUCUACCCACCUAUGAUACUGAAUCAAGAGCGCUGUAUGAAUCAUAUAUUAGAGAAUUUGAAACAAUAGCUGUUCGUUUGUUAGAAAGGUGUUAUGAAACAGAUGAGAAGCUGACUUCAGUUCUCCUGGAAAGAGAUACACAUCUAUGGGGUAAUUUCAAUUGUAUACAUUUGGCAGCUCAAUCUAUCCGACGAAAAUUUAUCAGUUCAACAGCAUGUCAAGACUCGUUAUACUAUGCAUGGCAUCAAGGCAUACGUGUCAAUCUACUUAUCCUGUUAUGCACUUUAAUCUGUCCGCCUCUUUUAUUCUCUGAUCGUUUACUAGAAUGGGAGAAUACCUCCUCACUUGUUUAUACUGAUACAUCGUCUAACAAUGAAGACUUCGAUGAAUUUAUGAAUAAUAUUAACAGUAAUAAUCAUCCAUUGAUACAUGGGAAAACCUGUAGUCAUCAAGAUUCAACAUCAUUUUCUAAAUAUGAUAAAAUUAAAUGGAAAUUUCAUGCAUUCUACAGUGCGCCAAGAACUAAAUUCGCUUUCAAUGCGCUCAUUUACGUUCUAUUCGUUUUGUACUUUUCGUACACAUUAUUAUUUGAAACACUGCCAGACAAGAUAUCCAUUCACGAGAUUAUUGUUAUCACUUAUUUCACUGCUAUGCUGAUCGAUUUGAUUCGUCAGAUUGUUAAAUCAUACGAUAAAAGAUUCGAACAAUUUCAUUUACGAUGGAAUCAUUACUACUGGAAUAAAUUUGAUCUGCUUUUAGUUGGUUUAGCCACAGUUAGUGCAUUGUUACGUAUUGGAUUGAGUAAAACAUUUCUCUAUGCAAAAUCAUGCUAUGUGAUAACACUGAUUGGUUGUUAUUUGAGAAUAUACCGUUUAUAUUCACAUCAUCCUCGUCUUGGGCCUAAACUGGUGAUGAUACAUAGUAUGCUUGUUGAACUAUUAAUGUUCUUAUUCAUUUUGGUUAUUGUCCUUGUGGGUUAUGGUGUAUCCCAGCAAGUACUCCUCUAUCCAUAUCGUUCGCAUUUCACAUGGACAGUAGUUCGUGAUGUAUUUGUCUUUCCUUAUUGGAAUUUAUUUGGUGAAUUAAUGCUGGAUUAUGCUUUUGCUGAAAAGGAAGGCUGUCCCAGCAAUUCUGUAAACACUGAAGAAUGUCCAACAUUCAAUUUUUUAAGUCCAUUAUUUCUAGCUGUUUAUUUAAUGAUUGCUGCAAUCCUACUGAUGAAUUUAUUGAUUGCAAUCUUCAGUAAUGUAUUUGAGAAAAUUGAGGAGAAUUCAAUUGAAUUAUGGAAAUUUAAUAUAUUAUCUUUGGUGUUGGAAUACAGUAAUCGACCAAUUCUGCCUGUACCGCUGUCUGCUGUUAUAACUAUCGCUGAAUUCAUCAUAUAUUGUCUUUGUAUGAAACAGAUUACAGGCAAAAUUACACAUCUUUUAAAUAGAUUCACUACACCAUUUUAUAUGACGACAGAGUCCAAGGUUGUCGACGAUGAUACACCAUCUGAUCGUGAUGAUACUGAUGCAGAGAAGGUGUUAACAACCGGUGAUGAAAGCAAAUGCACUUUUGAAUGUUACAGUUACACAUCCAGAUUGGUACCUGAUUAUUUAAGGCUAACACCAGUUGUAAUCGAUCAGAACAGUAAAUAUUUUGAUGAAUAUUUCAAGGCGAAACAAGUGGAAAAUUUUUGUAAACGAAGUCUGUUGAAAGAGGAACAACGAUCAAACACGGUGACCAGCUGUCCACAAAACAAUGCAAUGUUGCUUUCGUGA